CUAUCUUCCUCUAAACACCAUCAGUGGGAUAUUACAAUCAGUUUCUUUACCUUUCAGUUUUCUUUCUCUACCUUGUUUACAAAGAAGUUAAGAGACAGUGAGAAUGGCAAGUACUCGUGCUAUUUUUGUGGCUUCACUUGUCAUAGCUUGCUUUAUAGCUUCUUGUCACGCUGAAAUAUUGUUCUCUUCCCUCAAAAGGAGUCUUGAUGUUUCUGCUUCACACAGGGAAGGAGUGCUCAUGGCUGGGGAAGACCAACUCAUAUUGAAAUGGUCAUUCAACAAGACUUUCCCAGCAGGGGCAGACUCAAGCUACAAGAAAGUAAAAGUUCAACUGUGUUAUGCACCGGUUAGCCAAAAAGAUCGUGCAUGGAGGAAAACUGAGGACCAUCUCAAAAAGGACAAGACAUGUCAAUUCAACAUAGUAACCAUGCCCUACAAAUCAUCUGGAAACAGUUUCAACUGGGCAAUUGAAAGGGAUGUCCCAACUGGUACCUACUUUGUUAGGGCUUAUGUCUUGGAUUCUGAUGGUCAUGAAACUGGAUUUGGACAAAACACCGAUGAUAAGAAAAUAGAUAACCUUUUCGAUAUUCAGGCUAUCAGUGGUCGCCAUGCCACUUUGGAUAUCUGCUCCAUUGUCUUCUCCGUUUUCUCUGUGGUGUCUCUCUUUGGAUUCUUUUACAUGGAGAAGAGAAAGGCUAAGGCAAGUCAACAGAAGUGAUCAUAUGGAUCCACAUGAUGAUCAAAUGGUGUGGACGGAAAUUAAAAAUAAUCUCCUUUAUUUUCUAUAUCGUACACUUUAAGAUUAUUGUAUUAAGUUUAAUACAAGUUUGAUGACUCAUGCAUGACAUAAUAUCGUUUACGUUCUUGUUUAAUUUAAUGUAUUUUUUGUUGGUGAUUAAAGUUUGUUUAUCAGUUUUUGGCCAA